CACCACUGUCACCUACGUGUUCACUGACACGGCUGGAAACGAGCCAUCUGCUUCCUUUGAUGUUGAUGUGACACCAGACUACAUCAGCCCUUUCUUUACCUUCUGCCCGACUGAAAUCACAACCUACGCUGAGAACGGUGGGACGACUGCAACUGUAGACUGGACGUUACCGACGGUCACAGACAACUCUGGGGUCACCCCUGAGGUCACCUCGACCUAUGAACCGAAUUCAGUCUUCAACGUGGGCAACACCUUUGUAACAUAUACUGCUAGUGAUGAGUCAGGCAACGGGGCUUCUUGUGUCUUCGUCGUCAGCGUAAUCGAGUGUUCAUUAACGAUCUCCAGCUGCUCAAAUGGAGGAACAUUAGAUCCUGACUUCUGUGAAUGUGUCUGUCCAGAGGAUUACACUGGAGAAACCUGCGAGGCACCUAAUCCUUGCUUGGAAACCCCAAGCUUAUGCACGACGGAGAUUGGGAAGUAUUGCGUUCCAGAUGAUAGCGUAGUUGGUUACGCUUGCCAGUGUAGGGACUAUGAUGGCUUUAUUGCAAACAGUGAUGGUGCAUGCACAGAAACGCCGACCUUAAAGAUUGGUGGGGUAACAAUAAACUUGCCAUUCACCUCUGGACUGACAAACCAACAGAGCAGUGCAUUUAAAGAGAUGGCUUCCAAGUUUAUUACAGAGAUGACACGUCUAUUCGGUAGCAAAGAAGCAACAAGAUCCUUUUUGUCCUUGAGCGUCCUCAGCUUCUCAGAGGGUAGUGUAGUCGCUGAAAUGUCAGCAUCAUUCCCCAGUGGUUCAACUCUACCAAGAAUAACAGAUAUCAUGGAUGCAUUGGCAGAGGGUACAAUUUCAGAUGGUUCCUCCGACUACCCCAUUGACUCAUCAGCUCUUGUAGUUGAAGGCACUGGUGGCGCUGACACCACCAUACCCGUCAUCAGUGGCUGUCCCUCUGGGGCCUCAGGUGUACUGUCAACACAAGGAGCUAUUGUAUCAUGGGUUGAGCCCACUGCAACGGAUAACGAUGGACAAGUAGUAGAUGUCUCCAGAUCUCAUGCUCCAUCUACUGCCUUCAGCGCUGGAAGCACAACUGUCACCUACGUGUUCACUGACACGGCUGGAAACGAGGCCAUCUGCUCCUUUGAUGUUGAUGUGACACCAGACUACAUCAGCCCUUUCUUUACCUUCUGCCCGACUGAAAUCACAACCUACGCUGAGAACGGUGGGACGACUGCAACUGUAGACUGGACGUUACCGACGGUCACAGACAACUCUGGGGUCACCCCUGAGGUCACCUCGACCUAUGAACCGAAUUCAGUCUUCAACGUGGGCAACACCUUUGUAACAUAUACUGCUAAUGAUGAGUCAGGCAACGGGGCUUCUUGUUUCUUCGUCGUCAGCGUAAUCGAGUGUUCAUUAACAAUCUCCAGCUGCUCAAAUGGAGGAACAUUGGAUCCUGACUUCUGUGAAUGUGUCUGUCCAGAGGAUUACACUGGAGAAACCUGCGAGGCACUUAAUCCUUGCUUGGAAACCCCAAGCUUAUGCACGACGGAGAUUGGGAAGUAUUGCGUUCCAGAUGAUAGCGUAGUUGGUUAUGCUUGCCAGUGUAGAGACUAUGAUGGCUUUAUUGCAAACAGUGAUGGUUCAUGCACAGAAACGCCGACCUUAAAGAUUGGUGGGGUAACAAUAAACUUGCCAUUCACCUCUGGACUGACAAACCAACAGAGCAGUGCAUUUAAAGAGAUGGCUUCCAAGUUUAUUACAGAGAUGACCCGUCUAUUCGGUAGCAAAGAAGCAACAAGAUCCUUUUUGUCCUUGAGCGUCCUCAGCUUCUCAGAGGGUAGUGUAGUCGCUGAAAUGUCAGCAUCAUUCCCCAGUGGUUCAACUCUACCAAGAAUAACAGAUAUCAUGGAUGCAUUGGCAGAGGGUACAAUUUCAGAUGGUUCCUCCGACUACCCCAUUGACUCGUCAGCUCUUGUAGUUGAAGGCACUGGUGGUGCUGACACCACCAUACCCGUCAUCAGUGGCUGUCCCUCUGGGGCCUCAGGUGUACUGUCAACACAAGGAGCUAUUGUAUCAUGGGUUGAGCCCACUGCAACGGAUAACGAUGGACAAGUAGUAGAUGUCUCCAGAUCUCAUGCUCCAUCUACUACCUUCAGCGCUGGAAGCACAACUGUUACCUACGUGUUCACUGACACGGCUGGAAAUGAGGCCAUCUGCUCCUUUGAUGUUGAUGUGACACCAGACUACAUCAGCCCUUUCUUUACCUUCUGCCCGACUGAAAUCACAACCUACACUGAGAACGGUGGGACGACUGCAACUGUAGACUGGACGUUACCGACGGUCACAGACAACUCUGGGGUCACCCCUGAGGUCACCUCGACCUAUGAACCGAAUUCAGUCUUCAACGUGGGCAACACCUUUGUAACAUAUACUGCUAGUGAUGAGUCAGGCAACACGGCUUCUUGUUUCUUCGUCGUCAGCGUAAUCGAGUGUUCAUUAACGAUCUCCAGCUGCUCAAAUGGAGGAACAUUGGAUCCUGACUUCUGUGAAUGUGUCUGUCCAGAGGAUUACACUGGAGAAACCUGCGAGGCACUUAAUCCUUGCUUGGAAACCCCAAGCUUAUGCACAACUGAGAUUGGGAAGUAUUUCGUUACAGAUGAUAGCGUAGUUGGUUAUGCUUGCCAGUGUAGAGACUAUGAUGGCUUUAUUACAAACAGUGAUGGUUCAUGCACAGAAACGCCGACCUUAAAGAUUGGUGGGGUAACAAUAAACUUGCCAUUCACCUCUGGACUGACAAACCAACAGAGCAGUGCAUUUAAAGAGAUGGCUUCCAAGUUUAUUACAGAGAUGACCCGUCUAUUCGGUAGCAAAGAAGCAACAAGAUCGUUUUUGUCCUUGAGCGUCCUCAGCUUCUCAGAGGGUAGUGUAGUCGCUGAAAUGUCAGCAUCAUUCCCCAGUGGUUCAACUCUACCAAGAGUAACAGAUAUCAUGGAUGCAUUGGCCGAGGGGACAAUUUCAGAUGGUUCAACCGACUACCCCAUUGACUCGUCAGCUCUUGUAGUUGAAGGCACUGGUGGUGCCGACACCACCAUACCCGUCAUCAGUGGCUGUCCCUCUGGGGCCUCAGGUGUACUGUCAACACAAGGAGCUAUUGUAUCAUGGGUUGAGCCCACUGCAACGGAUAACGAUGGACAAGUAGUAGAUGUCUCCAGAUCUCAUGCUCCAUCUACUACCUUCAGCGCUGGAAGCACAACUGUUACCUACGUGUUCACUGACACGGCUGGAAACGAGGCCAUCUGCUCCUUUGAUGUUGAUGUGACACCAGACUACAUCAGCCCUUUCUUUACCUUCUGCCCGACUGAAAUCACAACCUACGCUGAGAACGGUGGGACGACUGCAACUGUAGACUGGACGCUACCGACUGUCACAGACAACUCUGGGGUCACCCCUGAGGUCACCUCGACCUAUGAACCGAAUUCAGUCUUCAACGUGGGCAACACCUUUGUAACAUAUACUGCUAGUGAUGAGUCAGGCAACGUGGCUUCUUGUUUCUUCGACGUCAACGUUAUUGAGUGUUCAUUAACGAUCUCCAGCUGCUCAAAUGGAGGAACAUUGGAUCCUGACUUCUGUGAAUGUGUCUGUCCAGAGGAUUACACUGGAGAAACCUGCGACGCACUUAAUCCUUGCUCGGAAACCCCAAGCUUAUGCACAACUGAGAUUGGGAAGUAUUGCGUCCCAGAUGAUAGCGUGGCUGGUUACGCUUGCCAGUGUAGAGACUAUGAUGGCUUUAUUGCAAACAGUGAUGGUUCAUGCACAGAAACGCCGACCUUAAAGAUUGGUGGGGUAACAAUAAACUUGCCAUUCACCUCUGGACUGACAAACCAACAGAGCAGUGCAUUUAAAGAGAUGGCUUCCAAGUUUAUUACAGAGAUGACACGUCUAUUCGGUAGCAAAGAAGCAACAAGAUCCUUUUUGUCCUUGAGCGUUCUAAGCUUCUCAGAGGGUAGUGUAGUUGCUGAAAUGUCAGCAUCAUUCCCCAGUGGUUCAACUCUACCAAGAAUAACAGAUAUCAUGGAUGCAUUGGCCGAGGGGACAAUUUCAGAUGGUUCCACCGACUACCCCAUUGACUCGUCAGCUCUUGUAGUUGAAGGCACUGGUGGCGCUGACACCACCAUACCCGUCAUCAGUGGCUGUCCCUCUGGGGCCUCAGGUGUACUGUCAACACAAGGAGCUAUUGUAUCAUGGGUUGAGCCCACUGCAACGGAUAACGAUGGACAAGUAGUAGAUGUCUCCAGAUCUCAUGCUCCAUCUACUACCUUCAGCGCUGGAAGCACAACUGUUACCUACGUGUUCACUGACACGGCUGGAAACGAGGCCAUCUGCUCCUUUGAUGUUGAUGUGACACCAGACUUCGUAAACCCUGUGUUUACCUCCUGCCCGAGUGACAUCACAACCUCUGCGCAGAGCGGCGGUACAGCAACUGUAGACUGGACGGUACCGACGGCCACAGACAACUCUGGGGUCACUCCUCAGCUCACCUCGAACCACGACCCGAAUUCAGUCUUCAACCUUGGCACCACCUCAGUUCAAUACACUGCAAGUGAUGGUUCAGACAACUCGGCAUCUUGUUUCUUUGAUGUCAAUGUUAUCGAUAUUGAUGGACCAACGGUCACCUGUCCGAGCGAUGAGUCUUUUACGAAUGUAGCGUCAGGAAUGAGUAGUGCUCAGAUCCUUUGGUCAGCAUCGCCCUCGGCCAGUGAUAUUGUGGAUGGUACCAUUGGAGCUAAUGCCAUUACAUGUGAAGAUGGUAAUUCCAUGACGGUAACGUCUGGAGACAGCUAUAAGAUAGGUAUAACGACAGUGACAUGCACAGCAUCUGAUUCAGCCAUGAAUCAAGGAUCAUGUCAAUUUGACAUAACUGUUGAGUGUUCAAUUUCCGCCUCGGAUUGUUCAAAUGGAGGAGCAUUUGAUAACGAUUUCUGUGAAUGUCUCUGUCUAGCGGAUUACUCCGGAGAAACCUGCGAUGAUUUUAACCCUUGCUUGUUAGACACCAGCUUAUGCACGAUGGAGAUUGGGAAGUAUUGCGUUCCAGAAGAUAGCGUAGUUGGUUACGCUUGCCAGUGUAGAGACUAUGAUGGCUUUAUUGCCAACAGUGAUGGUUCAUGCUCAGAAACACCGACCUUAAAGAUUGGUGGGCUUAAAAUAGAUGAGCAGUUUACUCCUGCCCUGGAGAACCGUCGCAGCCGUGCUUUCCAAGAUUUGUCUUCAACCUUUAUUAAUGGGAUGAAAAGUAUAUUCAGUGGGUCACCAGCUACAGCUUCCGUGUCGUCCUUGAGCGUCCUAAGCUUCUCGGAGGGUAGUGUAAUCGCUGCAAUGUCAGCAUCAUUCCCCAUUAAUUCAUCCGUGCCCAAUGUUACAAACAUCAUGGAUGCAGUGGCCAGUGGAUCCUCAAACUUCAGUGUUGACGCGUCAUCUCUGAUUGUUGAAGAUAUUGAUAGCUGUAAGGUCUCUCCAUGCUUGAAUGGAGGCACAUGUAAUAAUACUAUUGCCAACUUCACCUGUACUUGUGCACCUGGAUUCGGCGGAGAAACAUGUGAAAUUGUUGAUCGACCACCAACGUUCAAUUCCUGUCCAUCCAACAUGUUUGUAAACACCACACUGAAUGAGGACUUUGCAGUGGUGACAUGGCCCGUUCCAAUGGCUGUGGAUGACAAUGGCUCACCCAUCGUCGUUGAACAGAAUGGAUAUAACACAGGAAGACGCUUUAAUAUUGGGCAGUGGAUGGUCAUGUAUGUGGUCACUGAUUCCAUUGGGCAGACUGCCUCAUGUGAUUUUAGUGUCACUGUUACAGAUAACGAGAAGCCAGUGUUCAUGAAUUGCCCGACUGACAUCACUCGGGUGACGACAGCAGGCUCUAUGGUUGCUGUGAGCUGGAAUCCACCCUCCUCAUCGGAUAACUCUGGGGAGUACAGCAUGACGGUGAAUGACAAUCACGUAUCUGGAGAUACAUUCGCUAUUGGGGUGUACAACGUCAUCUACACAGCUAUGGAUCCAAGCGGAAACGCAGAGACUUGUGUGUUUGUCAUUACCAUUGAGGAGGAUAUGCCUCCUGUGUUUUCCUCCUGUCCUCGAAGCACCACAGUUAGAACGAAGAUUGGAGAGGCAUUUGCCAAUGUUGGCUUCUCCUACCCAGGACCAACAGACGACCGAAGCAACCCAGUCCUGAUGGGCUCUCAUGCACCAGGCUCGCAGUUCCCUCUCGGUGACACUGAAGUUGUAUACACAGCUUAUGAUUCCGCCGGGCAAUCGACAGAGUGUGUGUUUGUCAUUACUGUGGAAGUUGAUCGACCACCAACGUUCAAUUCCUGUCCAUCCAACAUGUUUGUAAACACCACGCUGAAUGAGGACUUUGCAGUGGUGACAUGGCCCGUUCCAAUGGCUGUGGAUGACAAUGGCUCACCCAUCGUCGUUGAACAGAAUGGAUAUAACACAGGAAGACGCUUUAAUAUUGGGCAGUGGAUGGUCAUGUAUGUGGCCACUGAUUCCAUUGGGCAGACUGCCUCAUGUGAUUUUAGUGUCACCGUUACAGAUAACGAGAAGCCAGUGUUCAUGAAUUGCCCGACUGACAUCACUCGGGUGACGACAGCAGGCUCUAUGGUUGCUGUGAGCUGGAAUCCACCCUCCUCAUCGGAUAACUCCGGGGAAUACAGCAUGACGGUGAAUGACAAUCACGUAUCUGGAGAUACAUUCGCUAUUGGGGUGUAUAACGUCAUCUACACAGCUAUGGAUCCAAGCGGAAACGCAGACACUUGUGUGUUUGUCAUUACCAUUGAGGAGGACAUGCCUCCUGUGUUUUCCUCCUGUCCUCGAAGCACCACAGUUAAAACGGACCCAGGAGAGGCCUUCGCAACGGUUAGCUUCUCCUACCCAGGACCAACAGACGACCGAAGCAACCCAGUCCUGAUGGGCUCUCAUGCACCAGGCACGCAGUUCCCUCUCGGCGACACUGAAGUUGUAUACACAGCUUAUGAUUCCGCCGGGCAAUCGACAGAGUGUGUGUUUGUCAUCACUGUGGAAGAUCGUGGCGAUCCAAUCGUCAUGAACUGCCCAACAGAUAUCACCAUCUACGUGCUGUCAGCAAGUUCUGAAGCCGCAGCAUUCUGGACCCUUCCGACUGCGAAUGACACAAGUACUGUUACAUUGAGUUCCAACAAAGACCCUGGGGAUCUGUUUGGGUCUGGUACAACCAAGGUGACCUAUACAGCUACCGAUGCUACUGACAAUGAAGACAGCUGCUCUUUCUCAGUAACUGUCCAAGAAACAAAUCCGACCUAUGAAACUGAUGGUACUGUUGAGCUGGUCAGGAUUGCAAACACUAGUUCCUCAUCAUUUACUCAAAGCUUUGUGGAUGCAGCAACCGAUGACUUGAUAGCAGACUUGGACAAAUUGUUUCGACUGAGUUCUGUGGCUGCAAACUUCAUUGGAAUCACUCUGGAUAUCGCCAGCCUAUCUAACGACAACAAAGCAACUGUAAAGUUUAUCAUUUCUUUCAUUGGAUCUCCACCUCCGAAUGAUACUGACAUAGUUAAUGCAUUUACGUCUUCUCUGACCGGUGUCUCCGCCGACGAGUUUGAUACAGGCAAUGCUGUUACAGUGGGUUCAUUCUUGUUGAGCCAGCAAGACUGUCGACAAAUACCUUGUCAGAAUGACGGCACAUGUGCACUUCAAGGAAGCUCAUAUACCUGCUCGUGUACUGCAUCCUGGUCUGGUGACACUUGUGAACAAGAUGUUAAUGAGUGUCUUACCACUCCUUGUGCAUCGGACCGUGUAUGUAUCAACACAUUGGGUAGUUACAUCUGUGGCUGUGCUUCCGGAUUCUUCCUGGUUGGUGACUCCUGUAUUUCCGUGUCUCAGUUCAGUGGUUCGUUUGCAAUCACUCGUAUCGGCGCUCAAAGGGCAGUUUUCAGUGCUGCUUUGGAUGACGCAUCUUCCCAGGAAUACCAGAGUGUUGUCAGUGACGUCACAGCAGUGCUGGAUGGAAUUUUCUCAACUGAGCCCUCCUUCAUAGAAUCUCAAGUCCUGGGCAUGUCCAGUGGCAGCAUCAUGGUGGAAUACCUCCUCAUCUUUGCCUCGGAUACCGAGUUGAACGAAGAUGCGGUUACCAAGCAGAUGAGCGCCAGCGUGUCCGGUGAUGGGGAGAUGGCCAAUAGUGAUAUCUACAUCAGACCAUCCUCACUCACUGUUGCUAUUGAAAUUUGUCCGUAUGGCUUCUGCAAAAAUAGUGGAACUUGUUCACCGGACCCUGUAACGUAUGAAAGUACAUGCACGUGUUCCAGUCCUUACUCUGGGGACCGCUGCGAGAUCACCGAUGUCUGGUCACCGAUCGUCAUUGCCAUGGUAGCAACCGCUGGGGUGCUCAGCAUUGUCCUGAUUGCUCUCUUCUUUGCCUGUUGCUUCUUCCUCGGCAAACGUCUUGACGAAAAAGAACCCAAGUACCCAGGUAUCUACGACAUUGAGCAGCGAGACUCGUACAACUCGUCACUUCCAUCCAAGAAGCAGAGCCGAUCAUCGAAUGCUCCGCCGUCUCAGCCAUCUGGACGUAGGAUUCAGACAAGCUUUGCCGCUUCAGUUGAUCUUGAUGCCGGUAGCUAUAGACGAUAUGAUGAUGACUUGGCCGAUGAGUCGUUUGUUAACCACGUCUUUGACAUUCAGAGUCUUCGCCAGCAAUCUUUGGGCUAUACAGACGAUGUGCCUCGUGACUACCCAAUGGUAACAUUUAUGCACCCUUACAUUGCAACAGGACAAGAAGCCUCUAAGCAGUUAAAUGCUGCCCAAGGAAGACGACUCAAUGACGACGCAGACUACUUCUAGAUGGUUUCGCAAGACAUCACCACAUAAAUAUACCGGAGUCUCAUUACAUGUUGUUCUAUACAAUGACCGUUACCACCGUGUUUCUCAAAAGAUAUUAAACACUUUUGAAAUGGCUGUCAAAUAAAAAAAAAUUAUGAUUCUGGGGGAAAAGGUUGAGAUGUACGGAUAGCUAAUGGAUUAAACUCUCAUUAUGACACCGAAAAGUCCGAAAAUAAUUCAUGAUUGGGUGAGCACUGCUCACUGAAGAAUAGGUAGCCGAAACUUUGGGGUGACACUUGUGUGGAUCACUAUAUUCUACUUUUAAAAUAUCUUUCUAAUCCUAUGCAUUCUAUAACAAACGGUUAAAUACGCUUUCCAAAGAUCAACUCGACCGAUCGAAGGCAAUGUGUUCCUUUAAGUGAAUGCAGAUACUGGAGUCCUGCCUCCUUUGGAACGCACUAUUCCAACUGACAUCAUGUUUUAUAAGUGUUUCAAGUUUUUAAUGUAUUCAGGAGUAUAGUGUUUUAUCUGUUGAAGGUCUUACUUUUUUAAGGUGUGAUUAUUUAUAAGGUUCAACUAACAUGUUUUAUUUAUGGUAGUUUAUUUGUAGAUAAUGUCCAACCAUUGAUUUAAUUCAAUUAUUACUGUAUUCUGAAUCUCCCAUAGCUUAGGUUGGAAUGUUUCUUUACGUAAUUUAAUACUUUUAAAAAGUAUAAAACUUAGAAGUUCAUCGAAAAAGUUACAGAUCAGAACCACUCGUUUAUAAAAUAAGUCAAUUCACUUUUUUAUCAACCAAAUUACUUAUAGUAUUUCUGUAUUUUUUACACAUUCUCACGUUUCAUUCUUUAUUUCACUGUUGGCAGUCAUUGCCCAUUGGUAAUUUUAUUUACUGUAUUCCUAAUAAUUUUUUUUUUUUUUUCGUGUGUCUAGUUUUUUUAAUUAAGUUUUGUAACACAUGUAUCCUCAUUUUUUUAACAGUUAUUUUAAGCUUUGUAACACGUGUAGCCUAAUUGUCUUACCAAUUAUACUAUUUAUUACUUAUAAUUGCUUGUGUAAAUCACAUCCAGUUUGGAUGUGAUUCAAGAAGUGGGAUGCUAAUAAAAUGAGAUCAAAGGAAAUGUAAUUAAUUUAAA